AAGUUGACCGAAAAGUUGCGAUUGACAAACAAGGAAAGUAACUUUUUGUUAUUUUUCAGUGUAUAUAUAUUGAUAUCUAAGAUAACGAGAUACCUAAAAUGGACUUGAGGUACCCUAUUAAUAAAUAUGGGAAGAUUCUCGUUUGGAUUUGCUCUCAGACGAGUCCACUUGGUUUUAAUGAUCUUUCAGCGGAAGAGAAAAAGGGAAGUAAGAUACUGAUGACAGAAGAAGCCACUGGUUGCAAACGAGACAUUGAUUUGAAACAAAUCAGAAAUUUUUUCGACAAGGAAGGGAACUUUGAUACACAAAUUGAAGUUAAACAGCAAAUAAGAGCAUCAUUUGAAGAGUUCAAAUCUGAGUUGAAAAAACUAGACAAAGAACAGCCAAAACCCAAACGUGAGCUGGAAAACCUAGGCGAAGAAGCGCCGCUUGAGUACCAAUGUUUUGUUUUUGUCUUUUUGACAUACAGUAAGCCUCAACAUGUAGGGGAAUACAGUGAAGAGUUGCUGCAUUUCGACCACAGAUCUAUGGCAGAAGGGCUUGUCCCACAGGCAAAAAUCAUCGAUGAAGUGAAAAAUCUAGAUGUAACAAAAGGGAAGCCAAAAAUCUUUCUUAUCCAAGCGGAUGAUUUAAGUCUUCUUAAAGAUAAGGUGACAUAUUUAGCCAUACCGGAUUAUGAGACACCAAAAGUCAUUAAAAUACCAACAGAUGCUGAUCAGCUCAUCAUAAAAUCCACUAUUCCUCAGAGAAUUGCCAACAAACAUGAUGCUGCUACACCAUCGUUUUUGAUUCAAGCAUUUUUGGAAGCAAUGAAAAAUAAAAAAGAAAAGGAAGAUCUUUUCACGUUGACGACAACUAUUAACAGACACGUUGCACGCCGUAUUACUGAAUCUAAAGACAAGAGGGCAGCUGAUAUGCAUGUUCCUUUGGUUACAUCUACACUCACAAAAUUAUUGUUUCUAUAAGCUAAUACUGCCCCUGAAGAUAUUAGACGGCAAGUUUACAAAGCUGGCUGACUAAAUUCAAGCAAACAUUUGUUUUGAAAUACCGUUGUUCGGGAGCGAAUCAACUUGUUAGCUUCUUUGAGUUUAUCAGAACAAUUCACAUGAAGAAAUUCAUGAAUAAUUGACAUCAACUAAGUACCAUAACUCUGUGGGGUAAAAAGAUAACUUUAUUUCUUUCACAGAUGAAUUAAACAAUAGUUUACUCCAUCAUCUGUCCAUUUUGUCUCUUCAAACCUCCUUAUUGUUUUUUUUUAUCCGUACAUAUACAUUUGUCAUUUUUGCAUUAAUUAUUUCCGUAAAAAUUCUCACUAUUUUUCACAAUGUUUCCUAGGGGUUAUUUUGUUAUCAGAAAUAUACAUGUACAGGUUAUAUAUAAUAGGCUUAUUCAAUAUUAAACGUUUCAUCAAUAUAUAAACUAGAGAUGUAAUAAAUUUUAAACAGAAACAAUUUUUCAGUAAAUUUGUAAUAAAUUUUAAACAGAACUUUUUCAGUACAGUUUUAUAACUUAUAACAAGCAAAUCACUUGAUUUGAGCUUCUUUGUAAUGUAUGUUAGGAUUUAACUGGGAUUGAAGCAUGUUUGUGCACAAAUUAACAAACUCUUAGAUUUCUGUUAGAUCAGAAUUAAUCAUUACUUAAAUUUCAACUCUGAUUUAUUAGGUAACACUGAUUAUGAGAUAUAAUAAUUAAUAAAAGAGUGUUCGAUUCGAGAAA